AUGGGUCACAGCAUCAUUUCGCCGUGGUACUGGUUCCUGAAGCUCACAGCCACACUGUUCCGAUCCCUUGUGUAUUUGAAACGAGGCACACAGCGUUAUCUACGAAGCCGACCUUUGCCUGAAGGAGUCGUUCGUGAGACGUUACAAAUUCCCUCUCGAGACAAGGGCCGCUUCAUCGGAGUCGACCUCUACCGUCCAGCCGAUGCUGCCGCUUCGGCAAAGCUGCCUGUUGUCGUCAAUUGGCACGGUAGUGGCUAUGUGAUUCCAAGCUGGGGUGAGGAUCGCGAAUUCAUCGUCCAGGCUGUCAAGGCGCUAGGCUGCAACGUUCUCGACUGUGAUUACCGCAAAGGUCCCGAAUACCCUUUUCCGUCUGGACACGAUGACGCCCAAGAUGCUGUGGACUGGGUGCUGAAGCAGUCGCAACGCUUCGACAUCGACAAGUUGGCACUCUCCGGUUUCAGUGCUGGCGCAGGUCUCGCAUUGAGCACAGGCAACAUCUUUGGCCCGAGUAAAAUUCGCGCCAUCUCGUGCCUCUAUCCUCCCGUUGAUGUCAGUCUCGACCCGCCGGAGCAGCCGGUACCUUACGAUCCUCGCAGCGGCAUCCACCUGUCUCCUCGGGCAGUGAACCUGUUCAACAAUAGCUACCUACCGGCCCCCACGGAUCGAACACAGCCAAGAUUCCGUAUUCGCGGUCUCGAGACCUCUCGUUUCCCCAACCAUAUCUUUGUCGCUUGUGGCAAACUCGAUAUCCUCCACAACAACGCCAAAGAGUAUUUCGCCGAAGUAGCUCAGGCUGAAAAGGACAAGAAGAUCAUUUUUGUCGGCGUAGAGAGGGAAGAGCACGGUUGGGACAAGAAACCACUCGUGCCCGAGUCGUUCGAAUCGCGCGAUGACGUCUACCGUCAGAUGUUUGACAACAUCAAGCAAGCAUUCAGCAGCUAG